GAGGCUGGAUCGGUUUCCGGAAGUGCCUGGGAUUUGUCCCAGGUGUCGCUAGGCGCUGGGCCGGAUUUACAAGCAUACAGACUUCCAAUUUCUAAGUGUGAUUUUGUUGCGCUCGUAAUUCCAGCUCCGGUAGUAGAGGCGGAGUCAAGGCAGGGGAACAAUUGAAUUUGAGUCCUGUCUGGUCUGCAUAGCGAGUGCCAGGCCAGCCAGGCCUUUACAUAAGAAAGAAAAGUAAACAUAAGAAAAUUUUACAGGAUCCGAGACCCGAUUCCGCGCCCGCCAUGGUCGACAAAAUGGACAUGUCUUUGGAUGACAUCAUCAAGCUGAACCGGAGCCGGCAACGGGUGAAUCGAGGCGGCAGGCCGAUGAGGAACCGGCCAGCCCCGUACAGCAGACCGAAACAACUUCCGGACAAGUGGCAGCACGACCUGUUCGACGGCGGCUUCAGGGGUGGAGCCGACGUGGAGACCGGUGGGAAGCUGCUCGUGUCAAACCUGGACUUCGGAGUGUCGGAUGCUGAUAUUCAGGAACUCUUUUCUGAAUUUGGAACGUUACAAAAAGCCGCUGUGCACUACGAUCGCUCAGGACGAAGUUUAGGGACGGCAGACGUGCACUUUGAACGGAAAGCGCAUGCCCUGAAGGCUAUGAGACAGUACAACGGAGUCCCUUUGGAUGGCCGCACUAUGAACAUCCAGCUCGUCACAUCACAGAUCGGUACACAACGAAGACCUGCACAAAGUGUCAACAGAGACGGCAUGACAAGAAACCGUGGCUCUGGAGGGUUUGGUGGUGGCAGCACCAGGAGAGGGGCAAGUGGAGGCAGCCGCGGAAGAGAUAGAGGCACCGGCAGGAACUCAAAGCAGCAGCUUACUGCAGAGGAGUUGGACGCGCAGCUGGAUGCUUAUAAUGCAAGGAUGGACACCAGCUAAACACCCGAGCAAAUCCGCACAAGUUACAGGACCCAGAAGCCUCUCUGCGAUGCCCAGAGGGUCGGCAACUGGACUGUGCAGACAAUGGUGGAUUUGUUUUCUGUUUCUUUUUCUUUCUUUCUUUCUUUCUUUUUUUUUUUUUUUUUUUUUUUUGUUUUAAAAUAGGAUCUAAAAAUCUCAUUCUGAAACAGACCUGUUUUGUACUGAGUUAUUUUUGGGAUAAAUUUUACUGGUUGCUGUUGUGGAAAAAGUGGCAUUUUCACCUUUGCCAUAAUAAAAUAGGAUUGUGUAUAGAACUGGAAAAAAAUUAAGAAAAAUUUACAGAAGAAAAAAAUUUAAAUCACAAUAUGACUUUUAUGGACAGAGCUCACUGUAGGGCACAUGACUACUGUGAAUGAAGAAAUGAGUUUCAUUCUCAGAUCCAUCAUAUAAAAAUAAAACAAAAAUUGAAAAAAAA